AUGUUUUGGGAUGAUGGGUUGACAAGUGAUGAGCUUGACCUAUAUUCUGUGGUCUUAAAUUCUUUUUCAGGACAACAUGGGCAAGAUAGUAACCAGAUGAACAUAAUAUCAUGGUGGCCCAAGCCUUCAGCAUGGGAGACUUUCGGUCUGUACAUAGGAUAUUGGUCAUCUGACUGUGAGGCAUGGUUUCAACAGCGGCUCAAUGACAUUCAUUUGGGGAAAGCAGAUCUUCGGACACUUGCACAGUGGAAGCACUCAUUGAAGUUUUUGAAACAGUGUAAUAAGGUUGCUCAAGUGAAUGAAAAAUUAACAGCCGAAUAUCUACAAAAUGUUCUGUAA